CACGUCUACGUCUGCACCGCAGGCUGGAGGAGCGAGGGGGCGUGGCCACGUCGACGCCCGCAGUGGAGGCCUGAGGAAUCCGUGGGCCUGAGCGAGGUGCAUGGUGUUCCCCGCCAAGCGGCUGUGUGUGCUGCCAUCCAUGGAGGGCGUGCGCUGGGCUUUCUCCUGCGGCACCUGGCUGCCCAGCCGAGCCGAGUGGCUGCUGGCUGUGCGGUCUAUCCAGCCCGAGGAGAAGGAGCGCAUCGGCCAGUUCGUGUUUGCCCGGGACGCCAAGGCGGCCAUGGCUGGUCGUCUGAUGAUAAGGAAAUUAGUUGCAGAGAAAUUGAAUAUCCCUUGGAAUCAUAUUCGUCUGCAAAGAACUGCAAAAGGAAAGCCGGUUCUUGCGAAGGACUCAUUGAAUCCUUAUCCCAAUUUCAACUUCAACGUCUCCCAUCAAGGGGACUAUGCAGUUCUUGCUGCAGAACCUGAACUACAAGUUGGCGUGGAUGUAAUGAAGACCAGUUUUCCAGGUAGUCGUGGUUCAAUUCCAGAAUUCUUUCAUAUUAUGAAAAGAAAGUUUACCAAUAAGGAGUGGGAAACAAUCAGAAGCUUUAAUGAUGAAUGGACUCAGCUGGAUAUGUUUUACAGGCAUUGGGCAUUGAAAGAAAGCUUCAUUAAAGCCAUUGGUGUUGGAUUGGGAUUUGAAUUGCAGCGGCUUGAGUUUGAUGUAUCUCCGUUAAACUUGGAUAUUGGCCAGGUUUAUAAAGAAACACGUUUGUUCCUGGAUGGGGAAGAAGAAAAAGAAUGGGCAUUUGAGGAAAGCAAAAUUGAUGAACACCAUUUUGUUGCAGUUGCUCUUAGGAAACCUGAUGGAUCUAGACAUCAAGAUGUUUCAUCUCAAGAUGAUUCAAAACCAUCCCAGAGGCAGUUUACUAUUCUUAACUUCAAUGAUUUAAUAGCAUCUGCUGUUCCCAUGACACCUGAGGAUCCUUCAUUUUGGGACUGUUUUUGCUUCACAGAAGAAAUUCUAAUACGGAAUGGUACCAAGUCAUGAUACGAUUCCCUAAGUAAGACAAAGAAGUGAAAGUGGUGAUCUUCCACAAUCCCUGAAAAACAGAUGCCCAGUGUGAUCAAAUUUUAUCUAAUAAAGCAUUUUUAAAAAGCCAAGUACUUUUUAAAUGAAGAUUUCCAGUUCAGUCUAGCUCACUUGAAUGUUUACCUCCCUGUCCAGAAUUGGAAUUAGUUAAUAGAAAGGGUGACAAAAUCUUUAAGUGAUAAAUGCACUGUGGAAAAAACAAAGUGCAGACAUGCUGAAAGGAACAUUUACAUCUUGUCUUCAAGAGAAUUACUCUAAAACUUUCAGUAUCUUUCCACACACUUUUCUUGCAAAUGAAUCUAUUUUAACAUUUUACUAAUGGGAACAUGCUGUUUUGUUUUUAACUGUAUAUCUACUGUUCCUAAGUAUUCUAUUCCUACUGCAUAGACAUUUUAGUGGUUCUAAAGUACUCUCUUGUAUGACUAAUAACAGUUGGGUAACAGUGUCCAAAUACAAGCUUAAGGAAGCAAGAGCAUCUGUAUCGCACAUAGCACAAGGUCUGAUUCCUCAUUAGCAUUGAAAUUGCUUUUUUUUUCUUUUUUCGUCUUAGCCUCAGUCCAAAAAACUGCUGUUGUAACUUCUGAGUUUACAUCUUACCUUCAUAAAGUCAUGGCAUUUGUUUUAUCCCUGAGGAAGACUUCCUAGUAACCCCCAAAAGAUUUUCCCUCACUUUUCAGCAACUAGCAUGUAAUCCCAUGCUAAUUUCUGACUUUUUUCAAGAACCACUGUUAAGAAUAGACUAUUGAAGAAAAAGCUAAAGCAGGUUUGGGAGAAUGGCACUGAAGUGGAGCUUACUACCUGGCAGGAGAAAGAUGCGCUAUAAUGUGCUCAUUUCUCUGUUGGAACCUUUGAUUGUGUCAUUGGUGUGAGCAGUGAGCUCUGUGCUGUGAGGUUCAUGCUUCAUCGUGUCCUUCAGAGAGUUCUUAGAAGUGGAAUGACCGGUUCUAAGGACUUAAAAAGCAGAGCUUGGUGUAUAUUACCACAUUGUUCUUGUAAAGUCUGUGUGACCAACUGCCUCCUGUGUAUUCUCAGUCAACUGUAGGUUUUACCUUGGUUUUGUUUUUGAAGGUUUGCUGGUUUGUUUUUACGUUUUGCUUUGUUUUCCUCCUUUCCCUAUGUUUUUUCUUGGCUUUAUAAGUAAAAAGUGAUGUCAUAUUUUAAAUUUGCAUUUGUUUCAUUACAAAUGAGGUUGAUAUGUCAGUGUUACUAUUGGCUAUUUGUACUCCCUUUUUCUGACCUCUUUCUUGUUCAUCUGUUUUUAUUUUAGUAAGUAGGUCUUAAGUGUGAACAUAAUAAGAUGCCAAGACCAUAAUAAGAUGACAGAAUCUAUUCCACGGUUGUAGUGCAUGUCUUCAGGGUUAGUCUUGUAACUUUUAAAAAUCAAGAAGUAAAGUAAUGUCCUUGUUUAUAU